AUGGGUUCUGUUCCUGCAUACUCCUCGCCGGCACUUCAAGCUGGCGAGAGCGAGACCGGAAACCAAUUCGGAGUCCGCCCGCCGAAAGCAGACGUAGAAUGGCACAAGAUCGGGUUUACGCCGUUCCAAGUAAACGGCCAUGUCGAGUGUACCUUUACAGUCCAAUCCGGCACCUGGAGCCAACCGCGUUGGGUGCGUGAGCCUUACCUCAAGGUUCAUGGCCUUUCCCCCGCGCUCAAUUACGGGCAGCAAGCAUUCGAGGGGUUACGCGUCUUUCGCGGCGAGUCAGGGAGCCUUCAGCUUUUCCGCCUAGCGAGCCAUGCGGCCCGGUUCGCCCGCUCUGCCGCUGCCGUCGACAUUCCGGCCGUCCCGGCUGACUUGUUUGCCAAAUCGGUGCGGUUGGCCGUCCACCUCAACAGCGACUUUGUGCCUCCUUUCGAGGGCGGGUGCUCCAUGUAUGUGCGGCCAGUCGUCUUUGCGAGCAGCCCGACCAUGAACAUGUACACGGCGGAGGAGUACACGUUUGCCGUCCUCGUCACGCCCGUCGGUCUGUUGUACGGCGCAAUGGGGCUCAAGGCGCUGGUGGUGGAGGGAUUCGAUCGCACGGCGCCGAAGGGCACCGGUGCUUUCAAAGUCGGCGGUAAUUACGGGCCCACCAUCCCGGUCAUGGGACGGGCUCGAAAGCAGGGUUACGGCUUGACGCUCCACCUCGACGCCGAGACGCAGUCCUUUGUCCACGAGUUCUCUGCUAGCGGCUUCAUUGGAGUCAAGUCAGGAUCCCCCGACACCGGCGCUCCACCUACCAUGGUCAUACCCAAGGACGAGCACAUCCUCCCCAGUAUCACGGUUGACAGCGUGGGACAAAUUGCCCAAGACCUCGGGUGGAAGGUUGAGAGGCGUCCCAUCCCGUUUACUGAGCUUGGUGACUUUUCUGAAGUCUACACGGUCGGCACCGCGUCGUCGCUGGUGCCCGUAAGCGCCAUCGAGCGCGAAUCGACCGGCGAGCGUUUCGCGUUUACCGUCGAUGCGCAGUCUCCGCACUCCGCUUAUGCCAGGUUGACAGACCGUCUGCAAGGAAUCAAAAGGGGCCUCUAUACGGAGCCUUGGGGCUGGGUGGAGGAGCUCGACGGCGUUGCUUUGCGCCAUGACAUUGAGCGGAUUACGAACACUGGGCCAGCAAAGUCUUCGGAGUGA